ACCAGGUGCUGAACUUUGCCAUGAUCGUGUCCUCUGCCCUGAUGAUCUGGAAGGGGCUCAUCGUGGUCACGGGCAGCGAGAGCCCCAUCGUGGUGGUGCUCAGUGGCAGCAUGGAGCCAGCUUUCCACCGGGGGGACCUGCUGUUCCUCACCAACUUCCACCACGACCCGAUCCGCGCGGGGGAAAUCGUUGUUUUUAAGGUGGAAGGCAGAGACAUUCCCAUAGUUCACAGAGUAAUCAAAGUGCACGAGAAAGGAAAUGGGAACAUCAAAUUUCUGACCAAGGGCGACAACAACGAGGUCGAUGACAGGGGGUUGUACAAAGAAGGGCAGAACUGGCUGGAGAAGAAAGAUGUGGUUGGAAGAGCCAGAGGGUUUUUGCCCUACGUGGGGAUGGUGACCAUAAUCAUGAACGACUACCCCAAAUUUAAGUACGCCCUGCUGGCGGUGAUGGGGGCCUACGUGCUGCUGAAACGGGAGUCCUAA